AUGGAAACGGAUAGUGACGAAGGCGAUCUCGAAAAUAGCAAUGAAGCAGAAAUGAAACGCAUUGAGAAGAAAAAAGAGAGGACGAAACGAAAGAAUGAGCUGCAGACACAAAGAUUGGAACGCAUAGCUGCUGAACAAGAAACUAAAGAAAAGUCUCGUCCUACCAAGUUUAAACUGUAUGAACUUGAGAGUGGUGAAGGCACAAAACGAUUCACUGAAGCUGAUACUGCUGGAAAUUUCACAGACGGCACCACUUGCUACACGACGCUC